AUGGGGCUGCUGCGGGGGCGCCUCUUUUUCGUGGGGGCAGUGGUUGUCUUCCUGGGGGGCUGUUCUGGCUCUUCUUCACACUUCCUCCACAAUCUCUACCUGGUGGUUUCUGAGCCCGGCCAGGAGCUGCCCCAGUUCAUGGCCGUGGGCUACGUGGACGGCCAGCUCUACAUUAAGUAUGACAGAGACACCGGCCAGGCUCUUCCUCAAGUCCCCUGGAUGGGGGAGAUUCAGAACGCGGAUCCCCACUACUGGGACGGCCAAGCCCAGAUAGCCCGGAACACGGAGCCGGUAUUCAAAGUGAACCUGGAGGGGGUGCGGAAUCGCUACAACCACAGCCGUGGGCGGUUCCAUAUCCUGCAGGGGGUCGUGAGCUGUGAACUCGGCCGGGAUGGGAAGGCCAGGGGAGGGCAUUACCAGUAUGCCUACGAUGGGAGGGACUUCCUGGCCUUUGACAAGGAGACCCUCACCUGGACGGCCUCCGAGCCUCAGGCCGAGAUCUCCAAGCGGAAGCUGGAUCCACUCCUGGCCACUUCCCAAUACCUGAAGUCCUACCUGGAGGAGGAAUGCGUUGACUGGCUGCGGAAGCACCUGAAGUAUGGGAAGGAGAGUCUGCUGAGGACAGAGCCCCCGACGCCAAGAGUGACGCUCAGGUCCGACCCCGAUGGCCGGGAGACCCUCUUCUGUCAGGCCUACGGCUUCUACCCCAAGGAGAUUGACAUCAGCUGGAAGAGAGGUGGGGAAUCCUGGCACCAGGAUGUGUUCACCAGGGGGGUUGCCCCCAACGCGGACGGGACCUACCACACCACGCUCAGCGUCGGUAUCGACCCCAAGGAGAGGGGCCGCUUCCGGUGCCACGUGGAACACGACGGUCUGCCGGAGCCUCUGAACUUGGCCUGGGAGGAGCCAGCCUCAGUUUCCAACGUGGGACUAAUUCUGGGGAUCCUUGUCGGGUUCCUGGCGGCUGUUUUCCUGGGAGCUGGGGUCCUCUUCUACAUCAAAAAACGGCAGCAAGGGGAUGGCUAUGCUACAACAUCAAGUUAG